AUGAGUCGGACUGAGCCCCACAACUGGGAAGGUGGAGUCCCUGUAUUCCGGCCGUCGUACGAAGAAUUUAGGGACUUCCAGGGCUACAUGACCAGUAUCAACCAAUAUGGCAAACAAAGCGGGAUAGUGAAGGUUAUUCCGCCACAAGAAUGGCUCUCUCAACUUGAAAAGCCUUUGGGGGCGGAUACCUUGCAGAAAAUACGGAUAAGGUCGCCAAUACAACAGCAUUUUAACGGAUCCAAAGGCGUGUUUGUGGUUCAAAACGUCGAAAAGCCCAAGACUUACAAUAUAAUCCAGUGGAAGGAUCUCUCCUAUGAUUACAGGUUACCGGAAGGAGGUAGCGAUCCUUCGAAGGCAGCAGAUGAUGGUAGCGACACAGAAAGCGUUAGGAAAUCACCGUCACCUUCGAAGUCUUCCAAAAUCAAGCUGAGAAACCAUGAGUCUUUUUCGCGGGAGGACUACGAAAAGUUCUCCAAGUGCUAUAACCACGACAAUUUAACCGAGUUCCAGGAUCCUCAACGGCUAGAUUUUUUGGAAUCUUACUUUUGGAAGACGCUUGCGUUCACGCCUCCCAUGUAUGGUGCAGACACUUUAGGAUCGCUUUUUCAGGAUAAAGUGGAGGUUUGGAAUGUUUCCAAGCUACCGAGUUUGCUGGAUCACGUAAGUACAAAGGUGCCGGGUGUUAACGACUCCUACUUAUAUGCAGGGCUAUGGAAAGCUUCCUUUGCUUGGCAUUUGGAAGACCAGGACUUGUAUUCCAUCAACUAUAUUCACUUUGGUGCACCCAAACAAUGGUAUUCUAUACCGCAAAAAGACGCUGACAAAUUCUAUCGAUUUAUGCAAGAACAGUUUCCUGAACACGCAGCCAAAUGUGAUGAGUUCCUCAGACAUAAAACUUUUUUGAUCUCACCGAAAUUGCUUGAGAAAAAUGGGAUACGCUGCAACAAGAUUGUUCACCAUCAGAACGAGUUUGUGAUUACCUAUCCAUAUGGGUAUCAUGCCGGAUUUAAUUAUGGUUAUAACUUGGCGGAAUCAGUGAAUUUUGCUUUAGAGGAUUGGCUGGAAAUCGGCGCUAAGGCCAAAAAAUGUAUGUGCGUUGAAGAUGCCGUCGGGAUAGAUGUUGGGAAACUGAAGGAAGAUUAUUUGAGCGGCAAGCAGAAGAGAGGUAUAAGCGAUAUAAGGGAAGGGCCUCAAGACAUUCGAAAUUCUCCAAAAGACGCGAUAAAGAGGAUCAAAACUGAAUCACAGGGCUCUCCUCACGUCCAAUCAAGAAAUGCGAGCGGCAACGAAAAUGAAUUGAAAAGAGAAAAAUCUAAUAUCGAAGUGGUCUGCCCUACCCCUGGUCGGUCCUUGCCCUUCAACAGACUUUCCGAAAGGGAGGGUACGCGAAUGAAGGGAUUCAAUGAAUUGCUUCACCACAGCUCUUAUGAACUUCAAGCAAUGGAAGACAAUCAGCAGCAAAGUGCUAUUCGAUCAACCACGCCAAAUCCUGGCCAAUACUAUAGUGGUCUCAGCCAGUCAAUAAGCCGAAUAUCGUCCCCUUUACUUUCCCGCAUGAUGGACCUUUCAAACAUUGUUGAACCAACGUUGGAGGAUCCAACUCUCAAGUUCAAAAAAAAUACAUCACUUCAGCCUCCGAGCCAACAAACUUCCCAAACACCACAAAUUUUAGAUGACCAUGAUGACAACAUGUUGGCAUUGAGCCUUGCCUCGAUGGCAAGCGGUGCAUCUUCACCGCGAUACCCUUUGCCUCCCAUCCAACCCAGGCCAUAUUCGCCUGCGGUAGCUGGCGACACGAUGCUAUCCUCAGGUCCAAUGUACGAGCAAAACAACCCAUUUAGUUAUUACUCAACUUUCAAGAGUGCCGUCAAUUCUCCACUACCAAGCUCGCCUGGACUAUCAAACUUGCCUUUCAUCAAGCGACUCAAAAGCCCGAAUAGGGUUACACUCAACAUAUCGCGAGAAUCGUCACGAAGUCCUGUUUCAUUGAACACCGAAUUCAAGUCUCCGCUGUCCACGAAGGUCCCUAUAAAUGGUUCAAUGGCGAUGAACUCCAAUUUAAGUCAAGCUACUACAAUUGAAAGAUCUGCUCCUACGUCACCAGCAGAGUCCAAGUUUAUGAGGUCAGAGUCGCCUCAGAGACCUGUUGCGCAAUCAAAAAUUAGUUCGGAGGAGAUUGUGGUUAGUGAUAAAGGGAAAGUUUAUGUGUGUCAAGAAUGUAGGCGACAGUUUUCAUCUGGUCACCAUCUAACGAGACACAAGAAGUCAGUUCAUUCCGGUGAGAAGCCUCAUUCGUGUCCCAAAUGUGGGAAGAAAUUCAAAAGACGUGAUCAUGUUCUACAACAUCUGAACAAGAAGAUCCCCUGCUCAGUGGAAGGCGGUGCCAGUCCUCCCUCUAAAGUUGUUGCACACGAGGGCAUCACAGCCGAAAACAGCAAUGGGGAGCAUUACAUGGAUUCGCUGAACGGUACUGCUUUGAGAAAUGUUUAA